AGUGCAGACGCUAAAAUAAGAGGAUGCCCUGCAACAAGCGGAGCUUUAUCGGUUGCUCGGUCGGCGUUGCCGAACAACGCCCUGCGAGUGGCGAUGGCCGGAAUAGGGUCUGUGGGGAAAGAAAACCCGCCGUUUUUCGCCUGCACAUCCUCCGAGCGACCUGUCACUGGCCAUCGGGGAGGCUUUGCCUGUCCUGAGAUCUUAGAGCCUAGAGGGUUACUUGUUUCGGGAAGCAGUCGAGCGGUGUCGCUCCGGCAGGUAGCGGAUCCGACCUACUUCUUCAUUCUGUUGAAGGAGAAGCACCGAGAUCUGCGACGCGAGAUUGGGAAGUUCCAGGCUCAGAUCGAGGUGCUGAGUCGUGAAGCGGAGCAGCUGCCAAUGAUGAGGAGGAGGAAGAGGGAGCUAGAGAAGGAAAUCGAAGAACUGCAAGAAAAGAUUGCAGUCAUCAACUCAGCAGUAACCCUCGGAAGGGAAAACCUUCGCCCAGAGGUCGUUGCCGCCACAGCAAGGGAGGUGAAAGAGAAAAAUGAGACGAAGCGCGCGCUUCUGGACGAACUGUUCGUCUCCAACUGGACUCGAGCAGCGCGACUGUCCUCACUCAACGCUGAGUUGAACGUUUUAACAGACGCAUGCGAGGAGAAACUUCUUCGCCUCUCUCCUGAGACAAGACGCACCUACGAAGAUCUCCAGCAGAAACUCGAACACCACCAAGCGGAAAUGAAGCGAACCCGGCAAAUAGUAGAGUCUCUAAGCGAAGAAUUGUCCGCCGCAGAGGAGAAAGUUCAGAGCGAUCCGGCUCGGACUCGGCUGCUUCAACUGCGUGAGACGCACGACACACUCCGUAGAUGCCAGGAAGGAAAUUUGCACAGUAGGCGGGUGCGCCAGAGACGGACACUCGCUGAGAACCGUGCAGCGAUCCUUCAAGAGAUUGAGAAAUUGACAGGAGAAAUCUCUGACUUGCAGAAGAAGCAAAAGAGAUCAGUGGACCUAACCAGAAGCCAAACGGAGAGAGAGGCAGAGAUCAGAGUGGCCCUCUCGAGGAGGCUGCCAGAAGAAGACGAGCAAGAGCAGCAGAAGCUGCGCUUGCUGGCGGAAAAAGAUGCAGAACUUUCAGCGUUCAUCGAACGCUACAGCAAAGGCGAAGGGAGGGAGAAGCGGUCGGCAACUCAAGCUGCCGGGGAAGCAGAACUUUCAGAGGCUGAAAAGCUUAAUAGUCUGCUUGAGGAGCAGCUACGAGCGGUUCCCAUGCCUGAGCAAGCUGAGACAUUGGCACGUGCGUUGAAUGAGACGAAAACGGCUCUGCAGAAGGCUGAACAGGAUCUUCUGGAGGCGAAAAGUCAACUGGAGGAGAAACAGAAAGAACUCUACAGAGAGGAAAAUAUGGAAGCAAUCAGCAAAGAAGAGCUUCGCGUGGUCUGCAAGCAUCUGGAGGACAUGAGGGGGGAGAUCGCGGAGAAGUUGGAUAAGGCAGACGAUCUUCGUCGCUUGACCGAAGAGGAACAAAACCAGCUUACUCACGCUGAAAAGCAUCUUCGGGGAAACCUCGAGGAAGUCCGAGCUGCGACUGAGGCUGCGACCAAUAAGAAAAACGAGGCUAUGAACCGCCUUCGUGAGAACAGCGUUCAUCAGCGUCUCGCAGAUCUGGAAGCGGAGCUCGAGCGUACCCGCCGGAGUGUGGAGAUAGUGCAAAAAGAUGUUGAUCUGCAAAAACAGAUUGACCCGAACGCUGUAACCGCGUCUUGCAUGGGUGUCGUGGAAACAAUUAACGAGCAGCUAAAGGUGCAAACGCAGAAAUGUCAGUGGCAUCAAUGCAGAAAGACACCACACAACGUCGACAUGUCUUCAAAGUUGUCGCAUGCCGGUUUUACCCCCGAUGGGAACAGAAAGAAUGCAACGGAGAUCGAUGUUGUUUGA